CCCCUGUCGUGCGGAAGUUGCUGCAGGGUUGAGAAGGUCGGGUGCUUCUCUCUUCUUAGUAAUAUUUUGUGGUGUUGACGAGUGUUGUGGAGGCCACACCUCCUCCAGACGAGACCUUCACGCCCACCAAGGUUACUGAGGUACACAGAGAGUGCUCUUGAAGCUUUGGCCAAGCUGUUGCAUCUCCGAAGGUCUUUGCUGAAGUUUAUCCACAUGGGUACUCAAGAGAGCAGUCACAGCAGCUACAAACUUACCCCUUGGAAGCUUGGCUGUGAAGUCAGAGGGAUUGACCUAAAGAAAGAUGUACCAAAAGAUGUUAUUGCUGCUAUUAAGGAGGAUGUGACGAAGCAUCGCGUGCUGAUUUUCAAGGAUCAGGGUGUUAUCAGUGGGGACAGGCAUGUGGAAAUUGCUAAAUGGUUUGGUGAACCUGAUUCUACCUUUUAUAAGCAUCCACGAUCUCCACACCCAGAUGUGUUCCGAGUCUCUAAUGAUCGCACCGAAGGCUGCACAAAUGUUGGUCGAACUGGGUGGCACAUUGAUGGUAGUUUUCAAGAGGCACCAUUUGCAUACUCACUUUACCAUAUGGUUCAUGUACCAACUAAUGGUCCUACAGUAUUCUGCCCACUGACUGAAAUUAUUGAAGAGUUACCUCGAGAUCAACGCAUACGGUGGGAACGUUUGUAUAUGAUAAGUGAUCGUCGGUCAGGUCCGAUACAUCCACUGAUUUAUUCUCAUCCACUGACAAAGAAAAAGGUUCUCUGUUUCCAUUUGGGCAUGACAGAGGGAUUUAUUUGGGACUACAAGACUCCCGAGCAGCGAAGCACAAGUGAAGAAGAAACAUACGCUAUUCUGCAAGAGAUCCACCACGAAUUCAUCAAGGAUAAUAAAGCUCGGCAGUACAGACACGAGUGGAGUGUAGGUGACUUUAUAAUCUCGGACAACCUCUCUGUGGCUCACGAAGCAGCACCAGAGUCUCAACUGCCUCGGAGCAAGGUGGAUCUGAGGGUUCUGCACCGUGUGACCACUGUCGGCCAUUGCCCUCCCACCAAGGACUAUGACUAUCGCAAAGAACUUGGGCUGUAAUAAAAGAGCAUUAAAUCAUCUUAAACUGAAAAGUUACCUUUGCUGUAUUCUUUAUCUCUGAUUUGUCCAGCUUUCUUACAAGAUCCAUGUGACUAAAGUGUUUUUACAAGGGAUAUUAUGUUGCACAGGUAGAAUCUAAAGAGCAUCAGAGCAAAGAAAUCUGCAGAAGGUCAAUUGCCUGCUGCCAAGGCAGUUCCUAUUUAUGUACAGUACAGGUACUAAUAUUUUUAUCUUAAACAAUUUAACUUUCUAGUGAAUUUUCUGUCAUGAAGUUAACUGGUUACUUAUUUCAUAGAUUUCCAAUCCAACUUCUGAACCAGUGUGCAUAUUUCUUUAAUAAAUUUAAAUUUAAAUCCAUUUUGUGUUAUAAUUUUCGUUAAUAUUUUCAGCACUCUGUUUAUAUCUCCCUUCUUGAACCUUUUCAUCCAUUUGUACACUUCAGUCAUGUUGCCCGUUUUCUCUUUGUCUGUGUAAAUCUUCAUACGUCUUUUUUUCAGAUGGAGGGUUUCUUUCACCCAGGUUCAGAUUAGCCAUUCUUUUCUAUGUACUUGCCAGAGAAUUUACAGCCAUUCUAUAGUAUGGUGUCCAAAACUGUACUGUACUGUACUAAUCUGUAAUGGAAUAUGAUCACUAUAUACAAAAUAGUUCAGUAAUAAGAAUAGAAAAAAUUGAUAGGGAACAAUUCCUGACCUGGAAUUUCAAGAACCUGAGGUCAUAGAUUUUAACUAAACAAUGCUGCUGAGAAAGUGAGAAAAUUCACUUUCACAGAGUGGUAGGCGGUUGGAACAAGUUCAGUGAGGAGGUGGUGGUUAUAGGUUAAGAUUUAGGAGGUGGUGGUUAACUUGUGGUGGCCUCCACCACAAGUUAAGUGGUGGAGGCCAAACCCGUCGGUAGUUUCAAAGCGUUAUAUGACAGUGCUGGGAAAACAGAACACCAUGAGCACAGUUCUCAUCCUGUAACUAUACUUGGGUAAUUACACAUACACAAACAUAUCCACACAUAUACUCAUACAUACAUACAGUACAUACAAGCUUAAGUAUUAAAAUGUGUUACUAUCCUGCAUUUUCUUGCCUUUGUUAGGCCCAUAUAAACAUGCUUUUUACUUUGGGCACUGUACUAUAGAAUAAACAUGAAUUCUCCUGAAAGUUUGACAAGAAGGAUGGUAAAGUUUAUCCCAAGGCAUCUGGAACCAGUCUUAUAAAAAGAGAUUAAGAAAGCUUAAAUUACAUUUUUUUUUUAGAAUGGUGAGGAGUAAUAGCGGGACAUGAUUUGAGAUAGAAAUGAUGAAAGAUA